AUGGACGGAGGCGGCGGGGUGGCGCCUUCAGAAGGGCGAGGCAGCAAAGAGUCGCUGCUGGCCGAGGCCGGGGGCGGCAGCGUCAUCGCGGGCCGGUCGCGCAAGGCCGGGACCGUGGGCUUCGCCUCGAGCAGCCCGCUGGUCACCACCCGCAGCGGGACCAUGAUCGCUGGCAUGGGCGCGGCCCUCGAACGCGAGCGCGAGCGCGAGCGGAUGCUGCAGCGGCGGGAGAAGCGGGGCACGCUCAUGCUCUACCAGGAGCUGAGCAAGGGCGGCAACCAUCAGACGCUGUCGCUGCUCCAGACUGCGACCCCCAAGUCGCAGAAGCCCACCACACAGACCUCGUCGUCGUCGUCUUCGGCCCAAUUCCUCUCGACACCUUCCAAGUCCCCGCGAGGUGCGGGCAAGAGUGGCAAGGGGGACCUGUCGCCGCGUUCGAAGCAGCAGGAGAAGUCGCCGCGAGGUUCGACCAUCAAGCGCGUGCUAAAGCUGACGCAGAGCUUGACCGGCGACCGAGGGUCGUCCGCACACGCCGCCGAGGAAAAGGCCGCAGCCGAUAAAUCGCAUGGCGACCCCGCCGGGCACGCGCAGGGCCUCGACUCCUCCGGCUCCAACACCCAAUGGCGCCACUCCGUCGCUUUCUUCUCUCAGAUGGGCAACGGGUUCGAGAAGAUGGUGGAGGAGCAGCGCAGCAACGAGAACAAGGGCUGGGUGCAGAAGGCCAACCUGUCGCCCCGCUACCGCAACCCGGAGGACCUGGAGCGGCGCUACAAGAAGGUGGCCCGCGAGGAGGAGGAGACGCUCGAGCUGCGGCGAGCGCGCGACCGCGUGCGGGCCAAGCUGCGGGCCAAGCUCGUCGACAAGCUCGCCAAGCGGGCCGAACUCAAGGCCACCGACAAGCGGAACGGCGAGCGCGACGAGGUCGAGGAGUGGGAGAAGGGCGAUCGCCUCUCCAACAGCGACGACCUCGACGCCGGCUCGGACAGCGAUGACGACGACGACGAUGACGAAGACGACGACGGAUCGAAGGACGGGCUGGCGCUGGUGACCGAGGACAUUGCCGAGCUGGAGCUCUACUCCAACCUGCGGCGGGGCAUGGAGCAGCAGCAGCAGGCGCUGACCCUGUCCGACAGCGCGAUCAUGCCCACGAUCGAGAUCACCGGGGCGGCCGUGCCCCGCAGCGGCAGCCACGAGCACGCCGUGUGGGUCAAGCAGAUGCACGACGGCGGGCAGGCGGAGGGCCAGGGCCACGACGAGCGCGUGCUGCCGCCAGGCGCGCUCGCCAACCGCGGGCGCAGUGGGACGAUGGACUUCUACCACCUGAUGAACCAGGGCGCCAAGCUGAUCGUGCCCACGCCCGAAGACGAGGAAAACAACGAAGCGCGAAGCCCAGAGAACGAAGAAGAAGACGACAAAGGCGCGGAGAGCGAGAGCGAAAGCGACGAAAAUGAAAAGCGAUGGGCGCGACGACGCGAGGCCCGGCUCGAGCUGGUGCGUGACGUCAUCCGACUCAAGUCCGAGGACAAGGUCGUCGACCGAGUCGACAUCUUCGGCGCGCAGGUCGCCCUGCCCAUCGAGGCCGUGGCCCUCAUCCUCGCCCUGUCAUGCGCCUCGCCCAAGGACGUGGGCUUCCUUCACCUGGUGAGCCCCGCGUGGGCCAACCUGCUCGGGCAGGCCGCCGGCGACGCCGUCUGGGCGCUCUGGUACAAGCAGCACUUUGGAGGCGGUCCCUUCAUCACCUGCAAUCCGCGGGAGUAUCCGCUGAGCUGGCGCGCCACAUACAAGCGGGAGUGGGCCUCGCUCAAGAGCCGACAGCGUGCCGAGAGCAGGACCGACGACCCGGCGCUCAACAUGCUCCUCCACUUCAUCUAUCGCGGCCACGUCGUCCUCGAGCUGUUGUCGGGCCACCCCGAGCCGGCGGACCUGGUGAACCGCGUCACGGCCACGACGCCGCUGCACGCCGCAUGUCAGGUGGGCUCGCUGCCCAUCGUCAAGGAACUCAUCGCCUACGGCGCCAAGAUCAACACCAAGAUCGGUCCCGAGGUCGUGCGGUUGACGCCCUUCUACCUGGCCUGCAUGCAUGGCCACCACGCCAUCGUCGAAUACUUCCUGGAAAGGAAGCAGGACCAGAAGUCGCGGGCACGGAUCAACGCCAACGCCGGCUUCGCGACGCCCGUGCUGCUCGCUGCGAUGAACGGCCACUGCGCGGUCCUCCGCUCGCUGCUGCGGCACGGCGGCGACCCCAACCAGGCCAACGCCAACGGCGAGCUGCCGCUCUUUGUCGUGCUGCGACGGUGCGGCAACCUCCCGCCCAAGACCGUGCGCGAGGCCAGCGGCGAGGGCGUGCUCGAACGCGAGCGCAAGCGGAGACGCAACGUGGCCAUGCUGCGACACCUGCUCACCUACGGCGCCGACGCUGCCACGGUGCGCACCAAGACCGGCGAGUCGACCACCGACGUUGCCAUCCAGGCCGCCUGCGAUGACGACGUCCUCGGCCUUCUCCGCAAGCACGGCGCCCCCGCCGCCACGCCCGCCCCAGCCAAGUGA